AUGAAUAUCAUAUCAUAUCAUAUCUAUCCUAUCUCUAUCAUAGUACAGUCAUCAGUCGGCACCCGACACACAAAGAAACAAACAAAGAAACAAUCACAUCAUCAACAUCAACAUCAUAGGGUAGCGAUGGAAAGCUUAAUAUUGUCAUCAAUUACAGUUCCUCUUAACAUUGCAUAUUCAAUGGUUUCAUUUUUUAUGAAACUUUGGUUGGUUCCUAUCAAUCAUAUCAUUGAAUGGAUUGCAUCACGUAUUCAACCACUCGUUGAACCUCUUGUUCAUUUCUAUCAACAAAACAAAUCAAAGAUUGUAAGAAUAUCAAUCUACAGUGUGGCUCUAGUUUUACUGUGUGCCUUUAUCUCUCUUAUCAACUAUGCAGUACUCUACUCUUACUUUGUUCCAAAGGUUUCAUCUGAAGAACCACUCUAUUUUGAUUUCAAUGGACAUCGAUCAGUUGUUGCCACUACUGAAGUUGCAGUAUCAUUCCAACGUUCACAACUUUAUGAUAUCUAUUUGAAUUUGGAAAUGCCAGAAUCACCAAAGAAUGAAGAUAUGGGAAUGUUUAUGGUUUGUCUAGAUCUUGAUAGUCAAGAUAAAUGGAAUCCUCAUAAAUUAUUAAGUGUUUGCAGACCUGCAACUAUCAAAUAUAGAUCACCAAUUAUUAAAUCUAUAAAGUCUGUACUCAUGUCAAUUCCUUAUAUAUUUGGUCUUUAUGAAGAGAAACAAGAAUUAUCAAUUUCAUUGGUUGAAGAUUUACCUUUUAAAAGAUUUUAUCAAACAGUUUCAGCUAGUAUUUCAAUUUUGAAUAAGAAUAUACAAAUUUAUUCAGCACGUUUAUCAUUCCAAGCCAAAUUAUCGGGAUUGGAGUAUUAUAUGUAUUAUUAUCCAAUCCUAUCGUUUUUCAUUGGUUUUUGUUCACUCUUUGUUACAUGGAUGUGUAUAGUCUCCUUUAUCCUUGUAUCAAUUUAUGUAUAUAGACAUUUUAAUAAUCCACAUCACCAAGAAAUAGAAGAAGAAGAACAAGAAGAAGAGGAACAACAAGUAAAAGAAAAGGUUAUUAGGGCCGAGGUAAAACAACAACAACAACAACAAAAUCCACUUGAUAUCUCUUCACAAUCAUCAUCGUCAUCAAUAGAUUCAAGAUUCGAUCCAAAUAAUAAUAAUAAUAAUCUAAACAACUCAACAAACAAGAAGAAAAUAUUAUUUGAUUCUGAAGAUAAUAGUAGUAGUGAUGACCUAUCUUGGAAUGGUGAUUUAUUAAAAAAGAAAAAGAAAGAAUCAUUAUUUGAUACAGAACUUCGAUUCGUACUUGACAAGUUGGAAUCUGAAGCUGCUGCUGCUGCCGCUGCCAAGCCAGAUUCCAAAUCUCCCUCCUCUUCUACUCCAACAUCAUCUACCAUUACUCCAUCACCUACUCCUUUUGAAGAAGUUUCACCAAAGAAGAAGACGAAACAACAAGAUGACUCUAACAAACAAGACAGUAGUAAUGACUUGGAGGAAGAGGAAGAUGAUGGAUUAGUACCAGAAGAACCACCAGUCGGACAAACCAUUGAAGAAAUAUCAAGAGUAUCAUCCAUUAGAAGUGAUUCUACCAACCCUUCGUCAUCGUCUCUCAUAUCAUCAACCACUCUAUCAUCGUCAUCUUCAACCUCUUCAGAACAAGAAUCAUAUGGAAACUCUGGAGCUCUCGUUAAUGAUGAAUGGCACAUGAUGAGCGGUAGUGACGAUGGAGAAAUCAAUGACAAUGUUUCCCAAACUGAACAACCAGAAGAAGAAACAAUGCAAGAGGAACAAGAAGAUCAAGAAAGAAAUGAUGGUAUUAGAAAAAGAAAAACAAAUUAA